AUGCAUUCUCGUCAAAUGAUACAUAAUCGUAAUGGUCAAUUCGAAGAAUCAAAAGGUCUUGUUACUACAACAUUAGAUGAAAUUACUGCAGUAUGUAAAAACGGUGACGUUCAUGCAUUAGAAACAAUUUUAAAUUCAAUUCCAUCAGAUAAACUCGACCAUUAUUUAAAUGCAAUGGUUCAAGAUGAUCAAUCUCCAUUUACAUAUUUUACUCCAUUGAUGAUUGCAUCUAUUCAUGGACAUGAUUCGAUCGUACGUUUUUUAUUGGAAAAUUAUUCUCAUCAUUGUAUAGUUGAUGCGCAGAAUUAUUCCUCUCAAUAUGAUUUUGAUUAUAAAUUUGAUGUUGAACAUUUUAAUAAACAGACAGCACUUUGGCUUGCAGUCAAAUGUAAACAUCUGAACGCUGUUCGGACUCUUGUUUCACUUGGGAAAGCAAAUGUUAAUCAAAAAGCAGACUAUGACUACAGUGUCUCAAACUGGACACCGCUACGUCUAGCAUGUGAUAAUGGACAAUUAGAGAUGGUCGAGUAUCUUAUAGAGAAUGGUGCUGAUUUAUACCAUACAGAUAAGAAUAAUUCAACAUCUCUUAUGGUUGCAUCUCGCCGUGGAUAUGAUAACAUUGUACAAUAUUUGUUAAAAUUAGAUGAUAACAGUAAUCAUCUUUUGAAUGCAGUCAAUAACAAAGGAUCCACUGCAUUACAUGCAGCAACAGUCUCGGGACAAUUGAAUGUUGUUAAAUUAUUGCUGGAACAACAUCAUGCAAAAAUUGUAAAAGAUGAUGAUGGAUAUACACCAUUGACAAUAGCUGGUAUCAAUAAUCAGAAAGCACUUAUGAACUAUUUUAUUAAAAAUAAGACACAAUUUUCGUAUACAAUUUCAGAAAUUAUCGAUGAACUUGAAAUAAUCGGAUCUUACCAUAUGAUAAAUUGUUAUCAAUCUGACUUUGAAAGUGCUUAUCAUUAUCUGUUAUGGGCAAUGCAGUUAAGAUAUAAUGAUCCAAAGAUACCAAUUCUCAAAAACAAUCUGCCGUCUCCAAUUGAAGCCUAUGGAUAUUGUACUGAGUGUCGAACAAUUGAAGAGUUAAAUUCAAUAAAAAAUAAUCCUAAUCGCAUGAUUAUUGAAUGUCUUAUGAUACGUGAAAGAGUAGGUGUUACGUCGACAUUUUUAAAUUUUCUUGAUCAUCAGGCUGAUUCAUGUGGAUAUAAUUUAUAUUCAUUUGAUAAUGACGGUUGUUUACGUGGACCAGAAGAAUGUCAGCUUGCUAUACGACUAUGGCUACACGCAUAUCAUCUUAGAAUACAAACACAAGUUGAUUUAAAGAAAUGUGUAUCUUGUCUGGAGAAAUGUGCUACAAUUAUGGGUGAACUGAUCAAUUAUAAGAGAACGAAGGAAAUUCAAUUUGAAAUGUUGAUGAAAGUAUUAGAAGCAACUGAACAUGAAUAUCAAAGAAAUAAAAAUCUUGAGCCGAUAUUAGAUGUCGAACGAGAAAAUGACAGUUUUUCUUGUUUAUUAAGUGAAGAUGAUGAAGCUGUGGGAAACAAUGGGGAUAAGUGUUUAUAUAUCAUCCUCAAUCUUCUCUUCAAUGCGUUGAAAGUCUUAGCAUGUAAGAAGAAGAAAAAACAAGAACGAAAAGCAGUUAUUGUUAAACGAGUUCAACAAUAUAUUGACUCAGAUUGGCGUACUUUAUCUGAUAACAAAACAUUAUUACACUUAUCUUUAAUGGAAUAUCAUAAUUCUGUUUCUGUUGGUCUUUGCAGAAGAUCUCCGUCUCUAGUGGUAGUUCAACUAUUAUUAUUCUGUCAGGUAUCGAUCAAUGCCAUUGAUUGUCAUCAUUAUACACCAUUACAUGAUUUGGCCAGCAAUAAAUUUAAAAAACUUACUAAGGAAAAAUGGAACGACAUAAAAAUAAUAUUCAAAUUACUUAUCGAUGGUGGUGCACAUCUUGAUGCAAUUGCACAGGGAAAAACACCAGAAGAUUGUACUGAACACGAAAAUCUUAAAAGCUUUUUCCGAAUGCAUUCCAUUCAGCACAGUCUGAAAUGUUUAUGCUCACGAAUGAUUCAAAAGAAUGAAUUAAAUUACAGAGAUUGUAUUCCAAAACCUUUGCAUCCAUUUAUUGAAAUACAUUAA